CAAAGCAAUUCCCAUCAAACAUCAAUUUCCUAUGUCUGAAGACUUCCGACAGUGACGCGCUUAGUAUGGACGAUCUUCUGAAUACGGACUGGAAGGCUCCGCCGCCGCCGGCAAAGCAGAAUGCCCCUCGGCCAGCAUUCGGCAUGCCCAUGUCCAUCCCUAGUGCACCGUCUAGCUCGCGUGCAAGUCCGGCUCCCUCACCCUUUGGCAACAACCUGCCUGCUCCGAAAGCCCCUACAAAAGCCCCAUCGCCUGGCAAUGACAUCUUCGCCAAUCUGGUGUCCACAAAUGCAAACAAGAACCAAGGCAACCUCAGUCUCCUGGAACGUCAGAAGCAGUUGUUGCAAGAGAAGAGCAAGCAAGAGCAGGAACAACGCCAGAGAUAUGCCCAGCAGUAUGGCAACGAGGCAAGCUUCUGGGACAAUCUAGGAAGUGGAAAGGGCACGCCUCAGCCAACCGCACAGCGCGUCGCACCUCCUGCCCAGGACGAUGAAGACGACCUGCUUGCUGCUUUCAAUUCGGCUGCCCCUGUGGACAAGUCAUCACAUUUCCCUGUGCCUGCUGCCUCUACUGUCACUAGUGGACGCAACACUCCGGCCGUCGCCAACUCGACCAACUCUACUUCUCUGCUCGCAGAUGACGAUGAUGAUCCGUUCGGUCUGGGAGCAGCCCCUCAAAGAAAACCCAGCCCUUAUCAGCCUCCUCCUUCGAACACAAACGACGACGAUGACGAUAUCCUUGGCGACCUUGGAAAGCCUGUAACGGCCAAACCACCUCGACGCGAACCUCCCAGACGAGAGCCUGUUGAUGAAGCCUUCGCUGUCAAUGAUCGCCGCUCUCCUGCACCUUCGGAUCCUCUCGACCGUCAGAUUGCCGAACUGGUUGAUAUGGGCUUCCCCGCCGACCGAUCCCGGGCUGCCUUGCAAGAGACAGGAGGUGAUGUUCAGUCAGCUGUGGGGUGCUUGCUCAACCAGGCGCAUCAAGAGUCAAAAGAGAGAACACAAGCCCGUGGUAGCGCUCGUGCGAGUCCAGCUCCUCAAGCUCGUGAUGAGUCAAGACGUGGGAGAGGUCCCUCAGACGAUGCGUUGCCUCCUUGGAUGCGACAGGAGUCCCGUCCGAGCUCGAGUCAACGCAAGCAGGACAACGGAACUCCCUCUUCGGACAAGGAUGUGGCUGCCUAUGCACAAGAGUUUGGCACAUCCUUCUUGAAAUCUGCUGGCUCUCUCUGGAAGACGGGCCAGAAGAACUUGAAGAAGGCCGUUGCAGAGUUCCAGCAACCAGAGGGCGACCUAAACACACCCAAGUGGAUGAGAGAUGUAAGCGCUGAUAGAGCACCUUCGAGACCCGGACGCUCCUCGACUCCCCGCGCAGCUACGUCUGCACCUGCUCAGACUGCCGAGGAGUUGACCAAUGAAGCCAUGCUGCUAGAGGCCAGGGAUGAAAGACCACGACCAACAAAUUCGCGUACUCCUGAGAUACGUGAGUCUGUAUCGAGACCUGAUUCUAGAGUGCGAUCUCCAGCCCAGGAUUUACCUGUACGCACUCAGCCGCAAUCGCGAUUUGCACAGCAAGCACCACCCCCGCAGGCUCAGCGUCCCAACACCAAAGUUAGUCGCUUUGAUGUCGAGGAAGAGUCAUCACAGGCAUAUGUCAGCUCUGCAAGACGGAGGAGACCCGCCAAACCAGAGCCUCAGCCAGAACCCGAAGUCGACUUGUUCAGCCCAGCACCCGUCCAGCCUCCUUCACAACCCACCUCUACCAGGGCCACGCCUGCGCCGCGACCAGUCGCAGCCAAGGCUUCCACUCCAGUACCCCAAGCCCCACGACCGAAAGCACCUCCACGAAACGUUCCCGCCAUCUCUCCCUCUGCGCUUUCAACAUCCAGCAACCAUCGCCGCGCAGGUACGGAAGCCUUCAAGAGAGGAGACUUCGAUGCUGCACACAAUUCAUACUCUGCUGCGCUUACUCCCCUACCUCCCACUCAUCCCUUGAUAAUCAUUGUCCUCUCAAACAGAGCUUUGACGGCCAUCAAGACCGGUGACCCAAAAGCAGCAAUCAUCGAUGCCGACCGUGCGUUAACCCUCAUCGGCUCCAGCAAAGGCGAAAACGAAAAAAUCGACCUCGGCAGCGGCGAAGGUGAAAAAGAUAUGAAAGAAUUCUACGGCAAAGCCCUCAUGCGCAAAGCAGAAGCUCUAGAGAAUAUGGAGAAGUGGUCAGAUGCCGCUCUCGUCUGGAAAGAUGCCAUUGCAGCAGGCGUAGGAGGUGCCGUAAGCUUACGAGCUCGCGACCGCUGCGAGAAAGCCGCUACUGGAGGAACAGCAAAACCAGCCACUCCUCGACCUGCUGCCGCUGCUACCAAAACACCAGCGGGUAGACUCGCCCAACCCAAACGUCCUGCAGUCUCUCAAGUACAGUCGCAAGAAGCAGUUCGCAAAUUGCGCGAAGCAAACGCCGCAGCCGAUAAAGCUGACGAUGAGAAAUUCGCCCUUUCCGAUCAAGUUGAAGCCAAAGUCAUCGCGUGGAAAGGCGGAAAAGCUGAUAAUCUACGCGCUCUGCUGCAGAGUCUGGAUACAGUGCUUUGGGCUGAAGCUGGGUGGAAGAAGGUCAGCAUGAGUGAUUUGAUUAUGCCCAAUAAGGUCAAGAUUGUGUAUAUGAAGGCGAUUGCCAAGGUGCAUCCUGAUAAGAUACCGCAGACUGCUACUACGGAGCAGAAGAUGAUUAGUGGAUCAGUCUUUAGUACAUUGAAUGAGGCUUGGGAUAAGUUCAAGAAGGACAACGGGUUGUGAUCGCACGACUGUGUUCAGGUAACAACAUUAUUGCCAGAUGAUUGGAAAUUAUAGACAUCUUUUUCUUUU